ACGGCGGUCGCUCCUUCCGGUGUCCUUCCCGGCGGGGGCGGUGGCGGGGCGGCCAUGGCGCAGAACCUGAAGGACCUGGCGGGGCGGCUGCCGACCGGGCCCCGCGGGGUCGGCACCGCGCUUAAGCUGUUGCUGGGCGCCGGUGCCCUGGCCUACGGCGUGCGAGAGUCCGUCUUCAUUGUGGAGGGCGGCCAGCGCGCCAUCUUCUUCAACCGCAUCGGCGGCGUGCAGCAGGACACCAUCCUGGCCGAGGGGCUGCACUUCAGGAUCCCCUGGUUCCAGUAUCCCAUCAUCUACGACAUCCGAGCGCGGCCGCGGAAAAUCUCCUCCCCCACUGGUUCCAAAGACCUGCAGAUGGUGAACAUCUCGCUGCGGGUGCUGACGCGGCCCAACGCGGCCGAGCUGCCCAGCAUGUACCAGCGCCUGGGGCUGGACUACGAGGAGCGUGUGCUGCCCUCCAUCGUCAACGAGGUGCUCAAGAGCGUCGUGGCCAAGUUCAACGCCUCGCAGCUCAUCACACAGAGGGCCCAGGUGUCUCUGCUCAUUAGGCGAGAACUGACAGAGAGAGCCAAGGAUUUCAGCCUCAUCCUGGAUGAUGUGGCUAUCACAGAGCUCAGUUUCAGUCGUGAAUACACAGCUGCUGUGGAGGCUAAGCAAGUGGCCCAGCAGGAGGCACAGCGUGCCCAGUUCCUGGUGGAGAAGGCCAAGCAGGAGCAGAAGCAGAAGAUAGUUCAGGCCGAGGGGGAAGCAACAGCUGCCAAGAUGCUCGGGGAAGCUCUCAGCAGGAAUCCAGGCUACAUCAAGCUACGUAAGAUCCGAGCUGCUCAAAACAUCUCAAAAACGAUUGCUGCCUCACAAAACCGUGUGUAUCUCACAGCAGAUAACUUGGUACUGAACUUGCAGGAUGAGGCCUUCACCAGGUAAAGGGGCUGGGUGCCAGGGGUUGUCUG